UAUCUUUCUAAUACUCUUCUAAUUCAUCCUCCUAUUUCAAGUUCCUUUUUUCUCAUUACUAAUAAAAUUGGGGAUAAAGUAUAAACGUUAGCGAGAUGGCGAGACCUUGGUAUCGAGCUUUUCGUGAUUUCUUCUCUAUUCGUCGUCUCUGGCUAUUCCCCUUGCUCGCAGGGAGCGCUUGGUUCAUUACACUUACCAUCCUUUUGGUGAGAUGGCUGGUCAUCGGCCGACCACAGUAUCCAGGGCAGGUAAACCCCUAUGUCCCGUUUAUCAGCGACAUCGCCGCCCACCAGUUCAAGCCCGUGUUUAUUGUCGGGUGUGUAGUCACGGGGGUGACCUUCGUCGGAACUAUGUUUGCCGUCCAUCACGUACGAUACUCACCCCAGUUUUACAAGCUGACCGAUGAUGCCCUCUGGAGACAAAUUACUAGCUUGAUUGCCGAGGUGGCUGGGAUGGGUGCCGCUGUAAGCCUGAUAAACCUGAGCGUCUUCGACACGGCCGAUGCACAUGUCCGGCACCGACAUCUUCUUAUGGGCACCUUUGGAGGCUUAUUCGUAAGCGCAAUUACUACCACGGCCGUGUGGUGGGAUCAGAUCUGCGGACCUACUGUAUUCGUGGGGCUGCGAAAAUGGUGCAUGUUUAAUACGUUUCUCGUGCUGUGUCAGUUCGGGUGCGGGCUAGCAUUCGUCAUUCUCAUGUAUGGUGGCUAUUACAAGUCGUCCGGAAUCCUUGAGUGGUGCCUGACUUAUCUGGGUUCGUUUUGGUUGGCAUCUUUUGUGGGCUACACCAUGUUCAGGGAGGGCGAAGAGGUUAGGAUCGAAAACGAAGAUGAGCGACAACCCCUGCUUGUCUAAACCACCUAAUAAGCACACACUGAUGAAUCGAUAUAUAAGAAACAUUCCUGGGUUUUUAUUUUAUUUUAUAGAAGCUGACCACAUCAUUAUAUAUGAAGUGCGAAGUACUGGAAUUACUGACAUACAUAUGCCACUCCUUUCAUUCAAGGUUGCUAAGUAGCACCUACUCGGCGUUGUCCCAUUACUCUCAUGAUUGCUCUACUCCUUUCUCUAGCAAUACAGACCUUUCGCUAACUCCCUCCCUUAAGGGGGAUGCGCUUAAAA